GAUAAUUUUUCUCUUUAAUCACAAAUUAAUAGGCAAAUUACUAUUUCAUCCUUAAAAAUGUGUGGUGGGAAGGAUUACUUGUGCGAUGUAAAUUAAUCUCUGGGUUAAGUAAAACUGCACGCUAAUACAAUUAGCACAGUUUCAACACUUCCACCUAAUUUUCAAUUACGGCCAGGGCGCAUUUAAAUUGCUUGUUACCUGUAGGCUGCUGCCACCAAAAGUUCCAGUCUUGAGCCUUGAAAACAAGAAAAUGUGGUAAAAAUGUUGUUAAAGACCUUCAAAUUUAGUUUCAGAGACCAUGUGCUAUAAAAUCACUGGACACUCUUACACGGAUUAUAACUCAGCUCCUAGGAGUCUUAAUUCUCAAGAAACUUGGCAGCUAUCUAGUUGCAGCAGCACCUCCAUCCUCCACCAUGGGAAGCGUUCCGUUCACAAUGUCUGAUCUUCAACUGGAUUUUAAAGAAGUUCAGAGCAGCCCUACCUUGCUAUGUACUCCACUAAUGGGAACUACUGUCGACCAAAUGUUGAUUGAGAUGCAAAGAGCAAAGGAAAUAGGUGCAGAUGUUGUCGAAAUCCGGAUAGACUGCCUGAAAAACCUCAAUCCUCGCCAAGAUCUUGAAAUCCUCAUUAAACAAUCUCCUCUUCCCACCCUGGUCACUUACAGACCAACUUGGGAAGGUGGUCAAUAUGAUGGUGAUGAAAUCAAAAGACAGGAUGCACUUCGUUUAGCAAUGCAGUUGGGAGCUAAUUGUAUUGAUAUUGAGCUUGAGGUUGCUUAUGACUUCAACAAUUCAAUAUCUAGAAGCAAGCCUGAUAACUUCAAGGUCAUUGUUUCUUCUCACAAUUUUCAUAAUACUCCAUCUGCUGAAGCCAUUGCCAGUCUUGUUGCUAGAAUUCAAGCUACUGGAGCUGACAUUGUCAAGAUUGCAACAACUGCUUUAGACAUUACAGAUUGUGCUCGUAUUUUUCAGAUUAUGGUGCAUUCUCAGGUCCCAAUAAUCGGAAUUGCUAUGGGUGAGAGGGGCUUGAUUUCGCGGUUGCUUAGCCCCAAGUUUGGUGGAUUCCUGAGUUAUGGUGCACUGGAGGCAGGUGCUAUAUCAGCUCCUGGACAACCAACUGCAAAGGAUAUGUUGGAUUUAUACAACUUCAGGCUUAUGAGGCCUGAUACCAAAGUGUAUGGCAUUAUUGGGAAGCCUGUUGGUCACAGCAAGAGUCCUCUCUUGUUCAACGCAUCAUUUAAGUCUGUUGGUCUUAACGCAGUUUACAUGCACUUUCUGGUGGAUGAUGUGGAGAAGUUUUUCAACACCUAUUCAUCUGUUGAUUUUACUUCUGGAUGCAGCUGCACUAUCCCCCAUAAGGAAGUUGCACUCAAAUGCAUGGAUGAAAUUGACCCCAUUGCCAAGUCUAUAGGUGCUGUGAACACUAUUAUUAGGAGGCCUGGUGAUGGGAAGCUGAUAGGUUAUAAUACAGAUAGUGAGGCUUCAUUAACUGCUAUGGAGGAUGCUUUAAAAGAACAAGGAUACAUCAAUAGCAGAACAUCUUUUAGCUCUUCACUAACUGGAAGACAAUUUGUGCUAGUUGGUGCUGGAGGGGCAGGAAGAGCACUUGCAUUUGGUGCUAAAAGUAGAGGAGCCCGUGUAAUCAUUUUCGAUGUUGAUUUUGAGAGAGCAAAGUCUCUAGCUCAUGGUGUUUCGGGUGAAGCUCAGCCUUUUGAAAGUCUAGUUCACUUUCAGCCAGAGAAUGGAGCAAUCCUUGCAAAUGCAACACCAUUAGGAAUGCAUCCAAAUACAGAUAGAAUUCCUGUAGCUGAGGAAACCUUGGGGAUCUACCAGCUGGUCUUUGAUGCUGUCUAUACGCCUAGAAAAACCAGACUAUUAAAAGAAGCUGAAGCAGCAGGAGCAAUCAUAGUGAGUGGGGUUGAAAUGUUCUUCAGACAGGCAAUUGGCCAGUUCAACCUCUUCACGGGCAGAGAAGCACCUAAAGAUUUCAUUCGAGAGAUCGUUUUAGCCAAGUUCUGAUGCAUUUUUCUACAAGCUGAUGAAGUGCUCAAACCAGCUUCAACAUUAUUUGGUUGGUGCAAAUUAAUUCGUUGCCAUAUAAAGUCCUAUCCUCAAUUUCUACCAAUAACUCAAGUGUAAAGCCAUCAGAAACAGAAUUUUCAUGAACAGAAAUUGAUUUACAAUAGAAAUUGUACAAUGAAAAAUUUAAUCUCAGCAUAAGCAUGUUUUAGUAGACCCUGUAUAAUAGUGCGUUUUAUGUAUGAGUAACAUCAAGAGCAUUAUCUUUCAGUGCUAUAUUUAAAUUAAUAGAUUUUUCUU